AUUGAUAUCUCCGGGAUUUUCAAGAACAGUCGAAUGCAUUCAGAUGGACUCCAAUUCCUUACUCAAAGAUCAGAUACGCCACAAAUUGACAGAAGUUUCUUUGUCAUCUAAACACGUAAAAGAUGUGGCAUCGUUUCUACUGAUCCAGGCAGAGCAUUCGGACUUCAUCUCAAGCCAGUGGUUAGAAAUAUUUAAAGCUUGUAUGUUCUACACCUUCAUUUUAAUGCAUCGACUACAUAUCGUUCUUAUUUCAAUGGUUAUGACGUAUUUUCACAAUUAAUUGUACCAAGAUUACGCGUCUUUUUUUCUGGGUUUUAUUGGCUAAUCCCAUUUUUGAUCCGUUAAUUGUUUCUCCUCGUUAAUCCGAAUCCAUUUAACUAGUUUCACUUGCAUAGCCAAAAGGUGACUUGAUCCUUACAUACCUUAGAAAAAGUACUUGAUGUUGCAAUUCGUGUGAUCUAGUUUGUGAGUAAUUAUUGUUCUACAGUUGCCAUGUUGGUGAAAUGUCUUGUUCAUAAAAUCACUACAGAAAAAGUGAAAAAGUCUUAAUCUCAACUACUAGUUAUGUUUCAUGUAUUCUCCACUAUCCGUGACUUCUGUAGUUUACCGACCUCGCUCCACCCUAAUUUUCAAAUACAAACACAUGUGGUACUGAUCUUAGCACAUGUAUAUUGGCUAACAUUGGAAUGAGAGUAGGUAUUCAUUGCAAGAAAGUGGCCAGAUCAGUCUCGAGAAAUAAUCAUAGUUUACGGUUGCAUAUGUUAGAGAACAUGGCUCAACAUCGGUCAUAAUGUCUUAGGUAGAUUCACUUUUUGUCUUCCGAAUCCUGAAUAUAGCUUUGUUCUUUAGUUUUGUUCAUUUCAUAAAGUCCAUAUACGUUAUUCUCUUUCUGACUACCGUCCUGUUGACUUCCCUAGUAAGUAAUCCCAUACUCACAAUCCUAUCUGAGAAAUACACUGCAGAUUAGCGAAGAAAACUAGCCUCUACCUAAGAAUGAUGCUGGAAAUGAGUAGGCCAUACUUUACGCUAAUCAAACUGCAUUGCAAAGCAAGCCCUAACUUGUUAGUCUUCCUCUAGCUUUAUAUCUGCUUCCUUUGAGCACUAUGGUAGCUUCGAUAACUAAUUUUACUCCACAGACUUUUACUUAUCAAAACAAAGAAUGAUAAUACCACACAGUAAACUUGAAUGUUCUCGUGGUAAACUAACUCAUCUCUAGUAAAUGAAGGUCAUUUUCAUACUAUUCGGCUACCCAGUGGUAGUUUGUAAAACUAGGCUCAAAUCCAUUAUUGUUUAAUGAAGUAGGAUUUUAUCAUUGAGCUUUUGGACUAUUUUAAUAAGUAAAUACGAUGCGUUUGAUAGAUAAAAUGAAAUUUUUAUAUAUGUUUAAUCAACUGAUAGCUCUUUACGAGACCAAAUUGUUGGCGUAAGCCCCAGACCAAGCAGAAAUGAGAAGACAGCUACCAUACAAUAGUUACAGGGUAGGGGUAAAAUAGAAAACGACCAAAUUACCCCACGUUCACAUCUAAUAACUUAUUGCAUUUAGAUCAUCUGAACCCCAUAAAAAUGCCCAGUUAGGACUCUUAUAAGUGUUGUUAUCAUAGGAUAGUUUGAUUAUUUUAAUCUUAUUAUAGACUCCAAGUAGUAACCUCCAUUGAUUAAACGAUUACAACUCAUGGACACUAUGAGACUAUAAUUGAGUUGUUCAUGUGCUCGUUACACAACACUGACUAGCCAGUCAGUCUCGUUCGCGAACAACGUAGGAUCUAGUUUAAGUGAAAACCGAUUCCGGCUCCUGUAUUUCGCAUUAACACAAUAUUAGAAUAUCAAGACGAUGAAAUCCUAAAUAAAAAUAACAUUGAGUAUUGAUAUUAAUAUCUGUUGUUUUUAAUCAGUUUAUCAUGUAUAUUACGUCGUAAUAUGAUUAGUUUGGGUAAAAAAUGCAUUCUGUUUAUAAUCUUUCUGUUUUUUUCGUGCUAGCAAAUAAUCCAAGUUUUCAGUUAGCUCUACUUUACGUGGCAAAUGAAAUUCUUACUAAAAGUCCUAAAUAUGGUGUUUCUGAAUUCGGUGAAGCACUAAAACCCGUCGUAACUCAAGCAACACAAUUUCUAAAGUUAGUUUUGUUGUUUCUUAAAAUUGACUACAUAUGUUCAGACCUGGGCCAUUUAUAUCCAAGCUUACAAAGUUGAUUAAUUACUGGACCUAUCGUAAAGUCUUUGAUAUCAAGUUUACUGAACAACUUUUACAGAAAAUAAAUGCUACUGAACAAGCCGGUAAGAAAAAUAUAACUCCACCAUCACAUGAUAAUAAUGCAGAUAAUAUGGUUAAAAACUUCAAUGUAAGUAGUUAAGUUAACUACUUUAAAAUAUGUUUGCUUUUCUUUGAACCACGACAUAAUCUAACAUAGCCUAAACAAAGUAGCUGAUGACUAUUACUGAUUUACAAGAUGUUUAUUUCUUCCGUCUUUAUGACCACUUUGCAGAUCAAGCUCUCGAACUCCUUUGGGAACUUAAUUCAGGGGAUUUGAUCACCGAUUAGUAAACUGAUGUCAUGUUUGUUCAGUUCAUAAAAAUGGUUAAAUUCUAUCGAUCGAAUUACACUACAGAAACAAUAAUUUAAAUAUGCCUGAAAAGCUACUUGAUACGUUACGCAAGAUAAAACAACUAGAUGAAAUAUGUGAAUCACACGGAAAAUUUGAUAUUAGCCCACUUGGUUACGGUACAUCAAUCUCAUCAACUGUUAGUUCAUUAAAAAGUAAAGAAGAAAGUCGAUCAUUAACAGGCCAAGUUGAUAAGUGCUGUAAACAUUUAGAAUUUAUAUACAAGAAAUAUGAAGAACGCUUGGAACAUAUGAAUGCAUUGCAAAGUAUACUAGAAGGUGCAGAAAUUUAUUAUAAUGUACAACUAAAAGAAGUUGCUAUCGUUGUAAAUGCCUAUGGUACUUACGGAAAACGUGUUACAAAGACACUUUCUGAACUGCAUGAUUUAAUUCAUAGGGACCAUACUUCAUCAUCGUCAUCACCAUCUAGAACUACUACUACUACUACAUGUCAACCUGAUCAUAAUAAACAUUCAACAAAAUACAACAAAGAGAAUUCUUUGAAUGAAUCACGUUAUUCAUGUGAUGAAUAUUAUGGUGAUUUAAAUGAUGGAUUUACUCAUCAUGAUGAUGAUGAUGAUAAUGAUGGUGUUGGCGGUGACUUAGAAUAUCAUGAAGAUGUUGAUGAUGAUAAAGAAGAUGGUAGUAUCCACAAUAACAGCAAAAGUGAAAAAUCGAAUGCAAAAUUAUUGAAUAAAAAAGAGACCGAUUAUUCUUCGGAGAUCAUGAAUAGUCAAUCACCGAUUGAUAUAUCGUCAAAAAUAAUCACAGAUAAUUUAACUAAUCGAAUCAAUAAUCAAUCAAAAACAUUUCAAUCAAUGUGUAAGCCAACACCAUUUGGUUUUCCUAUUUUUCAACCAGUUUGUGAUGCUUCCGGUGAUGUAGAUUAUCGAGUAUUGUUAAAUCCGACAUUACCUAAAUUAGUUAAAACUGAUGAUGAUGAUGAUGAUAAUAAUAAUAAUUCCAGACCGGAAAUGAUCCCAACUUCAAAAUUACAAGAUCCAACAGUUAUUAAUCAUACCAAUUCUUCAGAAGUUAACCCUAUUAAUUCUUUAUCCAAUAUGCCUAAAAUGAAUCCUCAUGAUACUUGUGUUGUUGUUAAUGCCAACAAUUAUUCACAUAAAUUUAAAAGUUCACAUAAAACUGUUUACUCAACUUGUACCCGUUCAAAUAAUCAAAAUAAUAAAGAUACUGUGAAUGAUCAUCAUGAUAAGACUAUUAAUAAAACAAGUCAUACCGCUAUUGAUGAUGAAGAAGAUAAUAUGGAAGUAUCAGAUGGUGAAGAACCUUCUGAUAUAACAAAUGAAAAUAUACUGGAUAAAAAUGUAAAUCCAAAUGAUCAAUAUGAUAUAUGCUCACAACAAGAUAAAGAUUGGCGUAUAUUUACUGAAGUAAAAUGUAACGUAAUGAAACCAGUAAACUGCCUAACUGGAACAGUACCUGAUAAUAAUCCUACAAAUCCUACGAUAUCGCCCAACAAUCCAGUAGUAGGCUUGACCAUGCCAUCUGAAUCUUUUAUCCAACCAACUCUACCACGACCACCUACGUCUAUACGUAUCCCUCCUCCUCCGGCGCCCCCACCAUUUGUUGUUGGGGGAUUAGAUAGUCAGCAUUCUUUCAGUCCACCUCCUCCUCUUCCUUCAACAUUGAAUGAAUUAGCUUAUCAUCAGCAUCAUAUCCUGCCUGUGACCAAAUCUGACUCAUUCAUUCCACAACCUCCAGCACCACCACCAAUGUUAUUGAAUUUACAACAAAUCAAUACAAUUAUUACCAGUGGUGCUAGUAGCAGUAAUAGUGAUACUAGUAGUGAAUUAACAAAAUCUUCUGAACAGUCAUAUAUCAAUUCUUGUGAAACAAUUCAAUCGGAAAAAUUAUCAGCUAUUGAUAUUUUAAAAAAUCUAUGUCAAUCAUCAAAAUCAUCUUCAUCCUCAUCAUCAUCAUUCAAUUUGUCUUCUAAUUUUAUGACAACAUCAAUUGCUCCUUUUUCAUUGAUACCGCCAUCAAUAUCCACAUCAUCAUUAUCUGUUGAGAAUGACAUGAUCUCUUCAUUACCUAAUAGUAAUAUUCCACAUGGUAUAAUAAUGAAUUCAUUAAAUUCUAUUAAAAAUUUACCAAUUCUAAGUAAAUUGGAUUCAAUCGCAACUUCAACUUCUUCUUCGUCGUCGUCGUCUUCUUCUUCUUCUUCUUGUGAAUCAAAUAAUAAUCAAAAUGUAAAUAAGAAAUUAAUAGAAGAUCCAUUUGCUGUUAUUUCUCGUUUAACUGGAUUAUCAAAUUUAAUGAAAAACAUUCCAGCACAAUCGAAUCCUAUUACACUGUCAGUUACUUCCCCUGUUCCAUCCAGUAACCCUGUUCUGGAAUCUGUUCAUGAUACUACUAGUACUACUAUCACAACAACCACACCCACUACUGCCACUGAUUUAUGUUGGAAAACUAAUCAUCUAAUGAAUGAUCCAUUGCUAUUAUCAUCUAGCAAUAAUGAUUUUAAAUCAAUUGAUUGCAUUCAAGAAGCAAUAACAACCAAUGCAAUAAUAACAACAAAAACAACGAAUGCUCCUAACAAUUCAUAUAUUCCAUGUGUCAAACGAUCUAGAUUUUCAGAUGCUAUCAAUGUUGAAAAUAACAAUCAUACAACUGUUCCAUCAUCAUCAACCAUCAAUGUAUUAUCCACUACUAAUGUGACUAUUUUAUCUUGUACUACUCCUACGGCGACGACGACGACUAUCUCGUCAUCAUCUACCAGUUCUGAUCUACUACAUUGUUCAAUCGAUAAAAAAUCAUCAUCAUCAUCAUCUGUUUCCGAAACUUCAAUAAAUAAAGCUGCACAUUGUGAAAAUGAAGAACAACCCAAAUUCUCUGAUCUUGAUAAAAUUAACUCUAUGAAUAGUUGUAAUGAUAGUGAUAGUUCUCCAGGCGGUGGUGAUACACCUACAUUAGAUGAAAGACAAAAUGAUUUAUUAUUAUCGGAUAAUAAUGAUAAAGAUCGACCUCUGAUAUCAUUUCAUCCCUUUGGUACACCAUCAUCAAGUUUAGCUGAUUUUUUAAUUCCUAAUUCAUGUCAUGGAACGGAUCCAAAAUCUUUUCUAUCAAAUAUUUCACAAACUUCAAUUACUCCUUCACCUAUUCCAUCAUUAACAUCUGGUUAUAGAUUACCAUUUUGUAAUCUUUCAAAUUCUACUUCAAUUCCUAUUGUCAAUCCAAUAAAUAUACCUUCAACACAAUUAUCAAUGAUUCCACCAACUGUGCUGACAGCGAAUAAUAAUCCCAACUUACCUAUAUCGAAUUCACAGGUAGCUCCUGGACUGACUCAUUCAAACAUGAUGUUUUAUGAUCCAAUAACAAGAAUGCCUAUAACUCCUAGACCAUUAGUACCUGGACCUUUUAUGAUAUCACCUCAACAAACACGUCCAGUAGCAACAGUUCCAGCACAGAGUAAUUUACAAUUACCAACUACAUUAUUUCGUGGACAGAAUUGGUCACAAUCGUUAGUCAAUCAAACAACAUCGUUACAACGUCCUCCAUCUAAUGAUUUCUGGGCAUUGAUGAGCACAGUCCCUCCACCUCCUCCUCCACCCCCACCACCACCACAACAACCUCCAACUCUAACCCAACCACCUACACUCUCACCAUUUAACCAAACUCAAAUACGUCAACCAUUAGUUGGUGGGAUAGUGUUUAAUCCCAAUUCAUGGAUGUUCUCUUCACCUACUUCAACAAAUCGAGAUCAAAAAUAAUAUGAAUUACAACUAAUACUGUUUUGCACUCUCAUCCACUCAAUAUAUUAUACACAUCAUAAUUUACUCAUCAUUGUCUUCAGCCACUGUACAGGGAGACAAUUAUUAUUAUAAUGAUCAGAUUCCAAAACAAAACGAUUAUGUAACUAUGAUGCUCUCAACAACUCACAAUUGUUAUAGCCGCAACUAAGGCAUGUAUAUUUUGAUUAUUAUAUUCUUUUCAUUUUAACAAACAUAAUUUAGUUUUAAAAUAAUCCAUGUAUAUGAGAUGAAUAGGUUUGUGUGUGUGUGUGUGUUUGUUUAUGUAUCCAUGGGAUUUGAAUAGUUUUCCCACUUUGUUUUAUUCAAUCUAAAAAGUACACUUUUUAAAAAGAAAAAAAACCCAAUAUGUAUGUGUAUGUUUGUGAUUUUUCUUGUACAUUGAAUGCUUUUAAAAUGUAUUUUAUAUUAUGUAA